AUGGCGCAUGCCGAGCAUGCGAAAAAAUCAGAUAGGACCUAUGGAAUCUCGAGAAGUUCAAUAAUAGAUUUAUUUGUUUUUGAUGAUAAAAACCGUCAUACUCCACGCUGUUUAUCAGGUUUGAGGACAGAGCCAGGAAUCAUAACCACACUGUAUGCAAGUUUUUUCUUGGGCAGUAACCUGUCAUCUGCAACAAUCUGCACAAUCGCUUGGAUAAACAGCAUCCCAUUGCAUUGGCAAAACUACCGAUGUCAAUUAAUCGAGAUACGGAUCCCUCUUUUUCCACUUUUCAUUGAAUGUCCUCCUGUACGCCCAUGUGAAUGUGGGUGUAUUCACGAGGACCCCCUUUUACCCUAUCCCGUCUGUUGUCAUUUGCAGAUGGAUGGAGCAACUGUGGAUGCCUGGCUGUAUUUCCCAGGCAUAAAGUCUUUUUCAUCUAUUCCAAAAACAAUUGCGCCAACAGUAAAGAUGGAAACCAGCCAAUGCCAACACCUUCGUCAAACACGUCGUUUGUUAAUGACGGAAGUCACGCCACCUCGACGACCUCCACAUCUCUUACCAUUCUAAUCGUGGCACAAGCCGAGAGCGAUCCUCCGCCGUAUACUCCUCCGCCCACCUACGACAUCAAGUGGUUUGAAGACAAUUGAAUUUUGGCCGCUGUGUAAAUAUUAUAUUCAAUCGACGUGUUUUAUAGUAUACAAUUUUUUCAUUUUUUC